GAAUAACAUUCUUCUGCUAGAGUUUAUCACAGAGAAAAUGAUGGAGAGAAGCUGUAGUGCCAUAGAAGAUGGUCUUGAUUUGCUCGAGACUGUAUUUUCUUGGACUGUCAAGGAUGUUCUCAAUGAAAACCUCUGCAAACACAAGGUAAGGAAGAUUCCACAGACAUUUUUGUCAAUAACAGGUUACUUGAACUCCUUCGUUCCUUCUCUGAUUGAGGAGACUCGCAGCGACCUGUCUUCAAGCUUGAAAGGUGUGUCAAAGGCUCCCUUUUGUGAAAUCUCGAGCGUUGAACUUGAAAGGUCGAGAAGCUUCACACCUACCAAGCACUUGUUCUACCAAAUUGCAGUGAAUAGAACCAACAGUGAUGAGGAUGGAAAAUAUGAGCCUGAGGUUGGAGAUCUCAUUGCCUUCACAGAUUUUAAACCAAAAUCCGUAGAUGACUUGAACAGGUCCAAAACAAGCUACCAUAUUGGAUAUGUUCAUGGAAUAAAAGAAAGUAUUGACAAGAUCUCAAUACUCUCAUCCAAAAGCUUUGACAUGGACAUUCCGUUUUCCUUGACGAGCAGCAGUGCACCAAAGCUUUAUGCCGAGAGUAGCAACAAUGCACAAAAGCUUUACGCCUUCUGUCUUCUGAACCUUACCACAAAUGUUCGAAUUUGGAAAGCCUUGAAAUUGCAGCUGGAGGGUUCAAGCUUGAGCAUGAUGAGGAAAGUUCUGCAAGCUGACUCAAAGAAUGGAGAAAUCUGUCAACUUUGUUUUUCUGGUGAAAAAGAUAGUGCAACUUGUUCUAAAGUAAAAAACAUAGUCCGAUCUCAGAAUCUGAACGAAUCCCAGAAAGAUGCAGUUUUAAACUGUGUUGCUUCAAGGGAAUGCCAACAUAAUGAUACUGUUAAACUUAUUUGGGGGCCACCAGGAACUGGCAAAACAAAGACAGUAGCUUCCUUGUUAUUUUCCCUGCUUGAGUUAAAAGUGAGAACAUUAACAUGUGCUCCAACUAAUACUGCAGUUCUGGAAGUGGCUGCUCGCCUGCAUAAUUUAGUUAAGGAAUCACUUGAGUUUGAUAUUGGAUUUGGUGACAUAGUUGUAUUUGGCAAUAAAUCUCGAAUGAAAGUAGACUGUUAUCGAGGCCUCAGUGAUGUCUUUCUUGAUUAUCGUGUAGACAACCUUUUGAAGUGUUCUGGAUGGAAACAUUCCUUGGAAUCUAUGAUCAAGUUGCUUGAGUACCCCGAAGAGCAAUAUGAUUCAUAUAAGCGUGAGGAAGAAAAUAGUGUCAAGUCAUUGGAAGAAUUUGCUAAGCAAAAGUACUUCAGCGAGAAGAAUGAUGAUCCUCUUACCUUGGAACUUUUGAAGGAGUUCACUAGCAGCAUUACUGAGCAAUACCUUUUGUAUAAGGAUGAAAAAAAGAAAAGCAUCAAGACUCUGGAUCAAUUUUUUAUAGAGAGAUUCCGUUCCAAUACAGAGCAAAUGGAGAAAAACCUGGGAACUUUGCGCAUGCACCUUCCGACUUCUUUAGUUCCACUUGCGGAGAUAAAGAAAAUUCCUAUUGCUCUUGAUUUGCUAAGAUCUCUUGAAAACUCUCUGUGCAAAGCCAAGUUGAAGCAAACUUCCGGUGGCUGUGAGGAAGGAGAAAGCAUUGUUGACUUCCUUCGAAGGUUAAGCAUAAAAAAGGAAGAGUGCCUUAUCAAACUGAGAUCACUUUCUCAGACAAUUUUACUUCCAAACAUCAGGGACAAAUAUGAAAUGGCAAAAUUUUGCUUGAUGAGAGCACGCCUGAUUUUCUGUACUGCAUCAAGUUCAACAAAAUUAUUCGAAGAUGGAAUGACACCAGUAGAAUUCUUAGUUAUUGAUGAAGCAGCGCAACUGAAAGAAUGUGAAUCGACAAUUCCAUUGCAGCUACCAGGCCUUCGCCAUGUAAUCCUCAUUGGUGACGAGAGACAGCUUCCUGCGGUAGUGAAAAGCCAGGUUUCUGAAGAGGCUGAAUAUGGAAGAAGUUUGUUUGAGAGGCUGGUAUCAUUAGGGUACAAGAAGCAUCUGCUUAAUGUUCAGUAUAGAAUGCACCCAUCCAUCAGCUUAUUCCCAAAUAAGGAGUUCUAUGAGGAGCAACUUUCUGAUGCCCCUUUUGUCAGAGAAAUAGACUAUAAUAGGCGCUUCCUUGAAGGAAAAAUGUAUGCUUCAUAUUCAUUUAUAAACAUAGCUAAGGGUAAAGAGCAGAAACCUGGUCGUGGCCACGGGUGGAAGAACAUGGCUGAGGCUGCUGUUGUUUGCAAGAUUAUAGAAAGCCUUGAAAAUGAAUUUUUGAGGUCAAAGAAGAAAGUUAGCAUAGGAAUCAUAUCUCCAUAUAAUGGUCAGGUGUCUGAAAUCCAGGAAAGAAUUAAGCACCAAAAUUUGGUUUCUGAUCCUAACUUUUCUGUUAGUGUUCGUUCUGUCGAUGGCUUUCAAGGUGGUGAAGAAGAUAUAAUAAUAAUCUCCACUGUGAGAUCAAAUGGGAAUGGAAAUAUAGGUUUCCUUGACAACAGGCAAAGAGCCAAUGUGGCAUUGACUCGGGCGAGACAUUGCCUAUGGAUAUUAGGGAAUGAAAAAACUUUAAGCAGUAGUGAUUCUCUAUGGAGAAAUCUAGUCAAUGAUGCUAAGGAAAGAGAGUGUUUCCAUAAGGCCGACGAUGACAAAAAACUGGCCAAGGCCAUUGAGAGCGAAGCCUUGCUUAUUGAACUACUUGAUGAAUCAAAUACCCCGUUUAAGAAACUCAGUCUAGGGGGCCCUUCUCGAACUACUGCUACCGCCUUCAGCAGAGGGUCUUUCAGGGGCAGGCCAAGGGCACCAAGGUGGUGAAGAAUGGGAGACUCUACAGACUGUACCCCGGAACAACAAAUACGACUAGUGAAUUGUUAGAGUUUGCCUGCAGAUGUUGUGAGUUGUAUCCUUUUAUAUUGUUGUUUAAGAUUUAGGGCCAAAUCCAAGCUUUGUAACAGUUUACAGCCGUAGUAUGUACAAAAUAUAGAGUAUCAGCACGGCUGAAGAGUGUCACCUGGGACGUUAGAUUAAUAUACUGUAAAUUUGUGUACAAUUGUCAAAAUAAAGCAAGGGUGACUUUAUUGAUUUCUAAAAUUCAAU